CUCUUUUCCCCUUUUCUCCCCUGCAUCAAUGGCUUCGCAGUUGCGGCUCGCUGCUGCGAUUUCGUUUCCCACUCUCUCUGCUGCCUUCGAUGCCCUCAACCACAGACGUCGCAAAGGCAUCCUUCAGACAUCGACGGACCGCACUCACCAGAGGGACACACACCCUCGCCGAUGGGCGUUUCUCUCAUGUUCUGUGGCAUAUGCAAGCUCUGGAGGCACAGAGAGUGCCGUGGCGAAAUCGGCUGGCGGCGAGGCAGCCAAAAAGGGCGAGGAGCUUCGGGCGAAGUUGGAGAGCGCUUUGCAAGCUCUGGGCCCCCGGAGGAUCACGGGCAACUACGAGAACAGGCUGAAGAGCUGUGCUGCACCUGAAAAGGUAUUGUACCUGGAUGACGCUGCACGCGGCACAGUGCAUGUGCCUGUGUGUGCAACAUGCAGGUGUUUGAGUACUUCGCAAGCAUCGCCGACAAGAGAACCAAGGACAGGUUCAUGAACAAAGACGACUUCGUCAACGCUAUCAUUCCCUACAAUUUCUUUAAGCCCUCCGAGACGUCGGCAUCUCUAGAGGCGGUGCCCGGGGCGGGGGGGAUGUCGGUGUUCGACGUUGCUGACAGCAACAAGGACGGGCGGAUAUCCUUCGCUGAAUUCCUCUUCUUCACCACACUUCUCUCCACCCCGGCAAACGACUUUGAACUCGCCUUUCGGUAGGUCUCUGAUGUGUGGGCACUAUCUUCUUGUGGUCGUUUGUGUGUCCUGCGUAUGUCUCGUCGCAGUUUGUUCGGCAAGACAGCCAAUGAAGGGUCCUCGGCCUCCACUGCUAAGCGCAGGGAGGCAUCCGUGACAUACGAUGAGUUUGUGAAGCUCAUGACCACCAUGAUCAAGUCAGAGAGACACGCAUGCCUCAGGGACGACAGAGGUGUCAUUCGUCUCUGCUCCGGUACGCAGGCGUUCCCCGCGUGGCGGUCGGUACCGGUCCGCGGCCCUUGGCAGUUCCGGCAUGAAGCUUCCAGAUGGCAGAGGUGUCUCAUUCAACGACUCGCCGGAGGCCGUGUGCAAGGAGUGCCUCAGUGGCACCCUCGGCGACCACUUGUUUGGCAAAACGAGGGACAGACCGCUGCCGUGGCACAAGUUCGAUGAGUUGCUGUUCCUCCUUCACGAAGAGGUGCUGUUUAUCGAGUUCAAUAGGUGCGGAGACGUGCAGGGAAGAAGCAAGGACGCGUCGCUAUCAGGUGGGGAUGGAUGCCGGCAGGCAACACACAGCGCCAGGGUGCAUGCAUUGAUGUGUCUCCUGCCUGCAGCAUCUGAGUUUGCCCGGCUGUUUGUGGGGUUCGUGCUGCCGGCACAGAUGGAGAACCUCGCGGAGCGCAUCCGCACGCUGACCUUCAGGAACGAGCGGGUCACCUUUGCCGACUACCUGGCGUUUGACAAGUGCGUCAGGAAGAUCGAUGACUUCAAGACGGCUGUGCGACUGACGGAGGGCGACAGGGGGCUGACAAGAGAGUGUCUCGCCAGUGUGUUGAACAUCCUGUCGCGCGACGUUGAGUCAGACCGAGACUUCGGUCCGUUGGUGGAUGUGGUGUUCCGCGUGUUUGAUGUCGACGGCAGUGGCUCGCUGGAGUUUCAUGAGUUCUUCACCCUCCUUAAACACAGGUACGCUGUCAUGUGCCUCCCCCAUCAGCAGGGAUGCGCUCAGACCCGUCCCCACGUGUGUCUCUGUGUGUCUGCCAGACAAUCGUACUUCAAUUUUCCAGAGUAUGGCUUCGGGAGUAAGAUUGAGCAGGUAUGCAAGGUGCCCUCAUGAUGUUGGUCGUGAUGCCCUCCCUGCCCUCAUGUCUGUAUCCAUUCGUUCAGCUGGCGGGGUGCGUGAAGACGAUGUACCAUAUCGUUGCCGCGAAAGGGUAGCUUGCUUGCUCAUGGUUUUACGAUCGCAUGAACAUUUGACUGGCGCAGCAGCCAGCGAAAAACGAGCCAGUCCAACGAGUCUCCUCCCUCCAAAACCAUAUAGUCUGUCUCUCCACACCAACAUCCCAUCCCAUCCAGACAUGCAAGAGACCGACGAAC